GCUAGUUGAUGCGAAGCAGCAACGCCGGCGAGGAGAUGUGCAUGGAGAGCGGCAGCGCAGCGAGUAGGCGCGGGGGCAAGAAGGCGGCGGAGCACAAGGCGAACAAGCAGCCGCAGCGCGGGCUGGGCGUGGCGCAGCUGGAGAAGAUCCGCCUCCACAACCAGAUGAUGGCCGCCUACCGAUCACACCAGGACGUCAGAAUAAUGCAGGUGCCAUUUGCUGCACCAAGCGUCGCUCCGGUGGCCGGCGCGCCGUCGUUCCAGCCAUAUCUCACGGACUGCAACGUUGAGGCGACGGACCGGGGGAUCAUCGGCGUGCAGUACUACGACAACUUGCUGCCGUACAGCUCGAGCCCGCCGCCGCCGCUGUUCCCGCACGACGUGAGGGAUUCGCCGGGCCAGAGGCUGGGGCAGGGGAGGAAGCCGCAGCAGCGCUACUGCGUGAGCACGAGCGACGCGUCCAGCGCCGAGGAGCUCGACUUGGAGCUGAGAUUGUAGCUGCAGCGAUUCUUGUUCCUGAGUUGGUGGGGGCGAAGAAGCAUCAAGCCUAGAUUAAUUAGCUAGCUACCUAGCUUAUAAACUACCUAGUCUAUUUGGAAUGUACAAACGUCAAAACUAAGACAAACUUGGCAAGAGUUUCAAUUUCAGAAGGAACAUCUCGAUUCGAUUCCAAGGGGAAAUGCAUCUUUUUUCCAAACAAUAAACAAAUAGUUGCGGCAUUGCAAUUUAAUUUGUAGACCAUGCACGGACCAUAUAUAUAGGGUAGGAAAAGGUCACCAUAUGUUACAUUUGAAAACUUACUCUGCCAGGAUAGGAUUGAUAAGAGAACUCUCUCGGCUCCUUUUGUUCUCUGCUACAGUUGAGCGAGACGACCAGAGACGAUUUGGAGGCGAUUCAGCCGGCCCCCUCGCCUUCGAUAUUCUCCGGCGUCGGAGUUGGAGGGAGGCCCGGUCCUGAUGAUUUAGGUCAGUUUAGUACUAGUAUUUGUAGUUUAGUGAGAUUGUUAGUAGCUUUUAUGUUGUUAGUAUAUGUUUAGGUUUUGGGAG